AUGAAGCGGAAGCAGAGCGCCGCCGCCGCCGCCGCCGCCGAAGUCGACGCCGACGAGCCCUCCCAGGCCCCGCUGCCCCUCGACGACUACUCGGGCGACGUCUGCGCCGCGCUCACCGCGCGCUACGGCCGCUCCGCCUCCGCGCAGCACCGCCACCUCCUCGCCACCGCCGCCGCCAUCGGCUCCAUCCUCACCGACGACGGGCAUCCCCUCACCGCCGAGUCCUACCUCCCCGCCGUCGUCUCCGCGCUCCGGGCCGCCGGCCCCUCGGACCCCGCCGCCGCCGCCGCCCUCGCGUCCCUCCUCGUCAUCCUCAUCCCCCACAUCUCCUCCCUGCCGCCGGCCUCCGCCUCGGAGCCCGCCUCCUCGCUCGCCGCCUUCCUCGCCUCCCCUGACGCCUCCAAGCUCCCCACCGGCACCGUCCGCUCGGUGGUCAAGUCGCUCGGCCAGUUGGCCCUCCAUCUCGACGCCGCAGCCGAUUGGGGCGCUGUCGCCGCGCCUCUGGAGGCUCUCCUCGCUGCCUCGGUGGAUCAGCGGGCCAAGGUCCGAAGAUGCGCGCAGGAGAGUGUGGAGAAGCUAUUUCCUUACUUGGAGCGUUCCGGUUGUGCGAAGAAAGCUAGCGGCGCUGCAAUUGACUUGUUUGAGAAACACAUUUUGUCGGUGAGAAGUCUUGCCAAGUUGGAUUCAGACGCUUCCGAGGCUAAGGAGACGGAAGCGGUUCAUAUGCUAGGCGCGGUGGCAGUUUUAGUUCCAUAUCUAUCUAAGAAGGCAAGGAAGACGGUUUUCUCGGGUGCUUAUCGGCUAUUGAAACCCCGUUUUAGCCCACUCACAAGGCAUGUCCUCAGGCUUAUGGAGGCCUUGUUGGAGCAUCUUAAGGCUGAGAAUAUUGAGUUGGAGUUGGAGAAGCUCAUCUCCUUAGUGUUGGCUUACCUGCCUUACGAUGAGAAGAAGCCUGAUGAUACCAUCAUCGCAGCAUUACAGCUGAUGAGAAAUUGUUUAGGGAAACUGGCUGGUCGCCCAAAAUUGUGGACAAAGGUUCUUCCGUCUGCAUUCGAGGCAGUUUCAGGAUACCUAAUUCUGGACAGUAAAUGUUCUGAAGAUGUAGCGGAACUGUUAAUAGAGUGCAUCUGUUCUCAUGUCGACCAAAGUAUUUUUGUGACUAAUGAGUCAGGGUGUGAUGCUGAGGAUUCGAGUGAUGGGGCUGCCAUCAAAUCAAUCUGUUUGUCUAUCAACAAAAAACUUAGAAAGUGUGCUUCUCCUCCUCAAAAUGUGUUAAAAAUUGUCCUGGCUAUGUUUCUCAAACUCGGGGGGAGUUCUUAUGUCUUUAUGAAAGAUAUCCUACUAACUUUGUCACGGCUUGGCUCGAAAAUACACAAAGAACCACACCUGAAGAAUGUUGAGGAGUGCAUUGGGGCAGCAAUAGUUGCUAUGGGGCCUGAUAAAAUUCAUUCUCUACUUCCAAUAUCUUUUGAGGAGGCUUGGUUUACAUGCUCAAAUAUGUGGAUUGUACCCAUUUUAAACAAGUAUGUUUAUGGGGCCUCACUGCAACACUUUUUAGAGUACAUUGUACCGCUAGCAAAAUCGUUACAAGAGGCUUCAAGCAGGGCCAAAAAAGCACGGAAAUGUAAGGAAUUGCAAGGUUGGAGUGAUCAAUUGUGGAAUUUGCUUCCUGCCUUCUGCCGCUGUCCGUCUGAUGUAGAUCAGAACUUUGGUUCCUUGUCCAAACUGCUGCUAGAGAUGCUGAAGUCUGAUCGGUGUCUCUACAAAUCCGCUAGUAAAGGCCUGCAGCAACUUAUAGAUGGAACUAGAAGAUUAAGCAGCAGUGAUGAAGAUGUAGAAGUCCCUGCAGAAGUUUCAGCCUUGUUCUCCUCAAAGACUAGUAACUUAAGCUGUGUAAGCUUACAACGGUGCUCUAAAAAAGAUGCUCGUAAAAGCAUGAAAGUCUUGGCAUCACAUUCUGUGGAUCUUCUUUGCACUUUUGCAGAUGAUUUCCUUGAAUCAUCAGAAAAGCGUGCUCAUUUAAAGGAUGCGCUGAGAUCCCUGGCUCAAAUUUCUGGUAGCGCAAACAUCUGUAACCUUUUUCUUUCACUACUUACAAAAUGUGGUUUGGAAGAUACUCCAUCGACACCAGAGAAUCUAGAAUGUGAAGCAAAUGAGGUAGAUGGAAAAGGCGAAGAGAAUACUGAUUCAACAGCGGAGAUAAAUCAUAAGAGGUCUCUACUGAUGGAACUCAUUUCAACACUAGCUGAAGCUGCCGAUGAGGAUGUGCUUGAUUUGUUUUUUGGAUUCAUCAAAUCUUCUUUACUGGAUAGCAUCAAGUCAUGUGAGAGCAAAGCUCUCUUCGCAUUAAGCACAAUUUUGAAGGAACACCAUGAAUAUUCGUUAGCCCAGUUGGAUGAAAUAAUGAUGCUUCUUCAUGGAAUAAAGCCAGAUUCUAACAAUGCAGUUUUAGAAGGUCAAUUAGUAUGCUACAAGUAUCUGUUGGUUCACAUGAUUAAGGUUAAUGAAGAGAGCACAAGCAAGAAGGCAUUCUUGAUUCUAAAUGAGUUAAUACUUGCAUUGAAGUCUAAGAAGGAAAGUAGAAGACUAGCAUACGAUGUACUCCUGGCUAUUAGUACUAGCUUGAGGAGUUCUGAAUUGAAUAACGGAGAUUCAGAUCUUCAACGGCUAUUCACAAUGGUGAUGGGAUAUCUUUCUAGUCCGUCUCCUCACAUAGUGAGCGGAGCAAUAGCUGCACUAUCAUUGCUUAUAUACACUGAUGCUGAUUUCUGCGUGGAAGUUCCAAAUUUGAUACCGUCAGUCCUAGUUCUGCUGCAAAAUAAAGCUAUUGAAGUGAUUAAGGCAUCUCUGGGGUUUGUUAAGGUGUUGGUAACAUCUUUGCAAUCAGAAAAACUGUUGGGUUUGCAAGCAGAUAUCAUGACUGGCAUAUUACCAAUGUCAUCUGUUACAAAGCACCAUUUCAAAGGGAAGGUUAUACUAAUAGUGGAAAUAUUGAUCAGAAAAUGUGGAUUUGAUGCCAUUGACUUGGUUACACCUGAAAAGUACAAGGAGUUCGUUAGAAGUGUUGAAGAGGGCCGCAAGGGGAAUAAUAAUAAUCCAGUAGAUGGUGCACCGUCCGAGGCGAAAGAUCCCGAGCAUCAUGCUCCAAAGAGAGGAAAAUGGGCCGAUUCCAACGCCGAGUCUGGGCAAGAGGAAGCGCCGGCCGGGAAGAAGGAAUUCUUCGUCAAAGGGGCGAGGAAGCCUCACUUCCGGGGCGGCAGAGGCAGAGGCAGAGGCAGAGGCCAGCAGCACGGCAGAGCGUCAGGCGACAGAGGUGGUUUCGGAUCCAGAUCCGAAGCGCAGUCAGGAGACGGCUGGAGCAGCAGAGGCGGCAGGCCACGGGGCCGCGGCACGAGGCCGGGGAACGGCGGGUUCAACAGGGCGCGAGGCCGCGGCGGCGGGAAUGGGAUGGGGGGGCCGGCCAGCCACUCCCCUGGAUUCAAGAAGCCCAGAACCGCGGCGGCGGCGUCAUGA